AUGAACGAAAUCCGAGGACAAUACAAGCGUUCGCCCGACAAAACUGAAGCAUGGAUUCUUGGCAGUGGAACUGCAUCCUUAGCGUCAGCGCUCUAUUUGGUGCAGUUUGCCAAGGUACCUGCAUCGAAGGUGCACGUUUUGGAUUCUCAUAUCUCAAUGGGACAAGUUUUGCACAACAGCGGAGAUCCCACCAAUGGAUAUGAUCAGUUCGCCGCAUGCUUACCUGUUCCGGUCGGAACCCCUUUAGCAGAGCUUCUUGCCUUGGUGCCUUCAGUGAGCGGCCUCGGGCACACCGUUUGGGAUGAUAUUAAAUCGGCAGAGACCAGGCGUGUCAAACAGCGCAAUAGUCGCACACGCUUCUUGGUCCAAAAAAACGACGCUCUGAAUGACAUACAUACAAAUUCGUUACAUUUGAGCGUUCAACAUCGCUUGGAGUUAAUAAUGCUUGUGCUGAGGGGAGAAAAGCGCCUGGGAAGAGCUCAGAUUCAAGAUUUUUUGCCCCCGUCUUUCUUCCAAAGCACCUUCUGGACUAUCUGGACUGCUCAGUUUGGAUUCCAGCCGUGGCACAGCGCAAUUGAGUUCAGACGUGCUCUUCGUCAGCACAUUGAUGGAUUUCACAGCUUGAGUCUUUUAAGCUGUCUGGACCUCACGGGUUACUACCAGAACGAGUCAAUAUACCUGCCUACGUUUCUCCAUCUUGAGAGGCUGGGCGUGGAUUUCCACUUCGAUACGAAGAUUACGAACAUUGAGACAACUAUUAAAGACGGUCAGGAGACAGUUUCGCAGCUGGACAUGAUUCAGAACGGAUUUAAGAUGCAGCAAACAAUCAGUAGGGAUGACGUUGUCAUUAUGACGCUGGGGUCUACUGUCUCAGGUGUGACUAGGGGAACGAAUGAUCGUCCUCCAGGACGCCAUUCGCUCGAGCCUCACGAUGAACUCGAUGAGAGUUGGUCACUUUGGUUGGAAAUUGGAUCCCGGAGCGACGUAUUUGGCAAUCCAUACAAUUUCUGCACCCGCGAGUCAGAAUCACUAUUGGAAUCUUUCACAAUUACCACAGCAGAUCCUAGCCUUAUCGAAUAUGUUGAUUUACACGCACACAACGUGACCGAAGCUGGGACAUUCAUUUCUUUCCAGGAGAGCUCGUGGAAAUUAAGCUGCUGUAUUCCUACACAGCCAGUCUUCAGCCAACAACCAAAGACCAUUCGUAUUUUCUGGGGCUUCGCACUCCUCCCGAAGCGCCCAGGAAAUUAUGUUAAAAAACCAAUGUAUGAUUGUUCAGGGGCGGAAAUCACGAAAGAAGUGUUAGGCCAUCUGCACUUCUCUUCUCCAACUCUACGCACCAUGACCAUUCCUCGUGUGAUGCCACGGAUGAGCGCUAUGUUACUAAUCCGCUCCCUGGGUGACCGACCGCCAGUUAUACCUCAGAACAUCUCCAAUCUUGGCUUGGUCGGACAAUUCGCGGAAAUUCCGCACUUCAGCUGUGUGGACACAAGCUACAGCGUUCGUACUGCGCAAGUGGCUGUGUCCCAACUGAUGGGCAUCGAUGUGCAAUAUGUUAAAGAGAAGAAACCGUCAAUCUUGGAUCUGCUAAGGAGUUUGCUAUGGAAGUGA